CUGAUGAGGAUUCACCCUUCUUUCCGCUUGCAAGCUCAAGACUCCUCUUAUAUUCAGUUGCCAGCGUAAACCACCCCCAAUCCUUUCUCUCCCUUUCAAUUUUGUUUGUUUUUGGAAUUAUGAUUCCUUCGUAAUAUUUUUUAUUAUGUUUGUGGGUUUUCUGAGAUAUGAGGAAAUGGGGGAUUGUACGAUUUUUCUUCUGGUUUGCAGUGUCCAUGGCUCCUUGAGAGUUGUGUGUCCUCCUUUCUCAUGUACUUGGAGCCGCCGGAGAUUUACCUGCGGGCAAGGCUGAACAGGGUGUUCUGCAGCUCCUCGUCGGCCGACUUUGUGUGGGAGCCAAAACUUCCCUCCACCUAUAAGUUCCUGGUGGAUAAAGUACUGGGAGAGAAAAUGGCGCCGGAGAAGAGAACCUUGAGCAACCAGAAGGAGCUUUUCAUAUCUGUUUCCACCGACAACACUCUGACAACCCUUCCCGAAAGAUUGAGGUUCACACCCACGCGCAGCGUAAGGAAGGAGAUCCCUCCCUUCCCUUGAUGGCGAAGAUCGGCACUAAGCAAGAUCUGGCAAAGAUCUGACGAGCUGGGAGAAGACUGGCGAUGGGCGACGAUUGCGGAGAUAUUUGACGAAUAGGUAACUAUCUGGGAAGUCGACAUUGCGGCAGAACCACCAUCUUAUCUCCUUCACUAGCGUUGUUGUUGUCGAAGUCAACAAGUCAGAGUCAUCGCCUGCCUUUCUACAUUGCCGACGCCGGCCUCAUCCUUCGCUCCUCCGCACCUGGGAUUUUAGAAGAUGGUGGUUCCUGAAUGUUCAUCCCCAAAUCAAUUGGUUUGGGAUUC